AAAAACUCCUCCUUCUAAAAUCAAACCCCUUUCCCAAAAAAAAAAAAGAGUUACUGAAAAAAUGAAGCCCGCGAUUAUUCUCAAUCUCUCUGAUAUCUGGUAGCGAUGACCCGUCACCUUCGUAUUCAAGCCUUCCAGGAGAUCCAGGCAGGGUCCGGGAUCGAUUCAACGUCCACGAUCGCAGGAGCUAGCGGAAUUAUUCAAUCUCUCUCAUCAGCUUCAGAGAUGGAGAAGAAUCCCUUUGUUCAAGCGGGAGACUUGCCCACUUACAUGGGUGAGAUUCCGCGUGCCUCUCCAUUUCCUAAUCCCUUUGAUCAAGCAGGAGCAAUUGAUGGUGGCGUGGAUCAAUUGAAGGAUUCUUGUCGUUUUAUUCCGCUGUGUCACAUAUUAAAAGCGACUAAUGACUUUGACGAUGCAUUAGUUACUGGAACUGGGGGAUUUGGUAAGGUAUACAAAGCGAGCAUUGACGAUGGUGCUUCAACCACCGUUGUUGCCAUAAAGCGGUUGAGUGCCGAGUCCAAUCAAGGUGCUGAAGAAUUUUGGACGGAGUUAAAGUUGCUUUCAAAGUUGCGGCAUAAUAAUCUCGUUUCGCUCAUCGGUUAUUGCGACGAGAAUCAGGAGAUGAUUAUUGUUUACGACUAUAUAGCUCGGGGGACUCUCGCCAGUCAUCUUUACAAAACAAGUACUAGAAAAGAAAGCGGUGGAAGUAGAUCUCACCUAACAUGGGAGCAGAGGCUCAACAUUUGCCUCGACGCUGCACGUGGACUCGACUACCUUCAUGGUACCUUACACGGUAUCAUACACCGAGACGUGAAGAGUGCAAACAUUUUGUUGGACGAUCAUUUGGUAGCAAAGGUUUCUGAUUUAGGAAUAUCUAAAAGCACUACUACCCUUACAGCAACCCACGUUAGCACAUGCGUCAAAGGAACUUUUGGAUAUUUGGAUCCAGAUUACUUCAAGACCUGUCGACUAACCAAGAAAUCUGACGUUUAUGCUUUCGGCGUGGUGUUGUUGGAAGUCUUGUGUUGUCGGCCAUCAAUAGAUCAACGACUCUCCGAGGAGCAAAUUAGUCUAGUUCAUUGGGCAUUAAAGAACAUCAAAAAGGGAAAGCUUGACAGAAUCAUUGAUCCCUCUCUGAGUGGUGACACAACACGACAUAGUCUUAAGUACUUUGCCGAACUUGCCAACAAGUGUUUACAUAAUCAACCAAAGAAAAGGCCUACAAUGGCUGAAGUAGUGGAGAGCCUUAAGAUUGCAUUGGUGUCGCAUGAGCGCAAGGGGAGAUCGCAGGGAACUACUGCAAAGGCGUGGACGUUAGGAAGCCUUCUCUCGCGACGCAGAAACCCCUUGCUCGUUCCGUCGCCGGAGAUUCAGAAGAGCUCGAUUACCGUCAACGGUGGCGGGAAGCCAACCAAGCGGACGACGACAGCGCUUCUCGUCGCCAAUUCAAAGGCAUUUGACGACUUCGAGGCCCGGUCGAAGGAAACAUUUAUGAUUCACCAGGAAAAAUUAGUAAAGAAGGAGGAAGGAUUUACGAAUGAGCAUUUAUCUGAUCAUGUGUUUGCCAAUUCGAAGAAAAAUAAGGGCAACAACAAGACGGUGAAUAAGUUCUACAGCAAAAGGGGAAUUGGUCAUUGGGAUUCAAUGGAACUCAAACAUUCGGCGACGUUCAAGAAGUUGGAAAUGGACCCAGAGAAUAAAAACAACAGAGCAUACCAUAGUGGCGUUCUUGUCUCUAAUUCCGAAAAGAGAAAAACGAUCGAGGCAUUAAAGAGACUGCAGGGGAGUCUAGUUUCAAUAUUGCGACUUGAAGAUUACGACACUCCCUUUCCAUACCAGUUGACGGUCUUGGGAAUGUCUAAAAUCAUUCCUGGCUUGUUGUCGAUCUGUGGGGAUGAGCAGAUCAUCAAACCUACCACCAACCACAUCCACAUAGAUAGAGUUGAUGAAGCUCUACUGCGCCCUUUGAACUUUGAUUUAUACAUCCACAAGUCUUCACCUCAGCCAAAAGCGUUACCAGAUGGAGGAGAGAUUGUGCUGCUUGAUUCAUCAAAACAAAAACCAUCGGUGGAUUUUGAUGCUAUAAACAACAGGGCAUAUCAGAGCGACAUUCUUGUGUCAAGGAGACAGUGCAUGCCUGAGGGUGUACUUAGUUUAGUUGAUUCAACGACAAGAAUAUCAUCGAUGUAUUUUGAUGCUCCAGACAAUAGUGCACAUCUUGUGAGGGCAUAUCAGAGUGGCCCUAUUGUGUUUAAUUCGGAAAAGAUAGAUGCGGGAGAGGGAUUAAACAGAGAAUGCUUAAGUAAGAGUGCUCUUAGUUCAGAUGAUUCAACAAAACCAAGGUCGUUGCCAGAUUUCGAUGCUACAGAAAACAAAGCGGCGAAGGUCUAUACCAGACAGGGAAGGGGUUGUUGGGAUUCCAUGGGAUUCGAACAACGGACGACGUUGGAGGAGUUGGGAAUGGACCCAGAAAACGAGGGCAUAAUUUCUGACUUGUUGAGAUUUGUGAGGGAUAAGGAGGAGUUGUACAAGGAGGCAGGCAAGGAUUGGAAGAAGGGUUACUUGUUGUACGACUCUCCUGGUACUGAUAGAUCAAGCUUAAUCGCUGCCAUGGCGAACUUUCUUGAAUUUGACAUCUAUGAUUUGGAUCUUACGGGUUUGACCUCCAUCUCAGAACUGACGAAUGUGCUGGUCUCCAUCAGGAAUCGCUCCUUAAUUGCUAUUAAAGAUUUUGAUCUCUGGUUUGCGAUGCUUCCCAAUCUCAAGAAUGAGUUGACGUGCUCAGGUUUGUUGAAAAUCAUUCAUGGCUUGUUGUUGAGCUGUGGGGAUGAGCGGAUCAUCAUACUUACCACCAACCAUGACCACAUAGACAGUGUUGACGCGGCUUUACUGCGCUCUUUGAACAUUGAUUUAUACAUUCACACGUCUUCACCUCAGCCUAAAGCCUUACCACAAGGAGGAGAGAUUGUGCUGCUUGAUUCAUCAGAACAAAAGCCGUCGGUCGAUUUUUAUCCUACAAACAACAAGGCAUAUUGGAGUGACGUUCUUGUGCCUAAUUCAAAGGAUGAAAAUACGCGAGAGGCAUCAAGGAGACAGUGCAUGCCUGUGCGUGUACUUAGUUUAGUUGAUUUAACAGAAAGAAUAUCAUCGAUGGAUUUCGAUGCUUCGAACAAUAGGGUACAUCUUGUGAGGGCAUAUCAGAGUGGCCCUGUUGUGUUUAAUUCGGAGAAGAAAGAUAUGGGAGAGGUAAGCAGAGAAUGCUUAACUAAGAGUGUACUUUGUUUAGAUGAUUCAAGCAAACAAAAAUCGUUGUCCGAUCUUGCCGUUACAGGGAAAAAAAUACAUCUUGUCAGAGCAUAUCAGAGUGGCUCUGUUGUGUCUCUUUCAGAUGAUAAAAAUAGGGGAGAGGUGUUAAAGAGAGAAUGCAUCUCUAAGAGUAUACUUGGUUUAGAGGAUCUUCAACAACAUUCUGGUGGUAGACGUGAUGCUGCUGCAAAGAGCUUUUGCUGAAUUCACACGGCAGAUUCCUUUGCACGGAUAUCGUUCGAAGUACUCGAAACUCUUCCGACCCGGGAACAGCCUAAUGACUGUGUACCCUUACUGUCACUGAGAAGAUUAACACUUGAGGAUUGUGUACAACAAGAGAAAUC